UAUCAUGCCUGGAGGCACUUGUGGCGGGAGCAAGGGUCGUCAUCGGCCUAGACGCCAAUAUCGACUCUGCACGCGUCUUGGAGUACCUCUUCAUGGCGCGGCCGGACGCAGACUUGCACGCCAUUCGCAACCGGGGCUUGUACCCAGCUUCGAGGCAUGCCACCAUCCGGGUCUUCCCGGUGGGAAGUGGUCUUCGCGAGUGCAUCGGCACCGCGGUGCGGGACGUGCUGGACCGUGUCGCUCGAGGCACAAAGGUCGUGUGCCCUUCGACAUGCAAGCGCUUCGUGAAGCAGCUGGAGCAGGAUUUCAACGAUCGAGAACCCGCCCGCCGAGUCCGAUCGACAUCGACAUGGCAUCUUCCUCCACGCUGACAAGAGGUCGAAGGUCGACGAGGAGUUCUUCCAGAAGGCCAUGGCGGAUCCAGACACCUACUUGGAGGCUGAUCUCGUGGCCUUCUCUCCAAAGCUUGGCCCGGGUGUCUCGAAAGAGAAGCCGCACGCUGAGGAGACGGUCGCUUUCACCCUCAACGGCCUCCCUGGCCCUCCUGUCCAGACGCUGCUUCAGCAGCAUGCGCGCUUCCGAACGGUUACUCACUCGACCAUCUACUAUAAGCAGGUGAUGUCGUCUGCGGUGGACUUGCCGCGCUCGACGGAGGCGGUCUUCCAGGCCAUCGAGCGUGACAAUCAGCAGAUCGUUCAGAUGCUUGGCGACGCAUCCGGCUUUCACUAUCUGAGGGGGGCGCGCGGCAUCUGCGAUUGCUCAUCGGCGAGCUCCGUGUUGUACGCGAACAACAUCCUCGAGAAGGUGGAGAGCUAUCUAGAGUAUCUGACGAAGCUGAAGGCCGACCUGGAAAGUCAGGGGUUCGUGGUGACAGUUGAACACAUCGAUCCAAAGGGCAGCCCCGGGCGCCCGCUCUCGGAAGUCCCUCUCGGCUUCGACGCGGACCCAGAGCUUUUGGACGAUGAAGACUGGCGAGCCAAGUACAUCAUCAGCUCGGAGCAGUACGAGAUCCUAUGCGAAAGGCCCGACAACCUGACUCCGAGGGAGCAGCUACAGGAGUACUUGUACGAGCUGGUCAUGAACGAGUACAAGGUCGAUCCUCACCGGGUUGAUCACGCCUUCUACCUCCGCUUUUGUGACGACUCGGACGAUGCAAAGCGUACAAGAGACGCCCAUGCGAACUAUCUCAGGUUCCGUGAACACCGCUUCGCCGUUCUCGUUGGGGACCUGGACACGGCGCUCGAAGCGGCCAUGUUGGCGGGCGUGGUCCAGGAGUACGUGAAACAAGUUCAAGACCCUGCCAGCCGUGUGCCAAUUGCGGUGCGCGUCCUUGCCUUCCUUCUCGAGUGCGGCGAGGAGGAGCUCGAUCACGAGUUGGAGCAAUGGGAGGUGUCGGAGGAGCGCAUGCAGGCUGCCUAUGCGGAGCUCAUCGGGCCCACCAAGAAGCGUUUGAAGAGCAUGUUCAACCUCUACGGCUUCACGCAGCAGACCGCUAGGCCAUCGAAAGCUGCCGAUGGGAGACUGAACGAGAGGUGGGCUCAGAAGCGGAAUGCGGUGGCAAAGGUGCUCAGGGCGGGCCUCGGGAUCGAGAUGCAGAUUGCCGCGGGAAAGAGCGGGGGCAAAUUCAAGACGCCCCACAUGUUGACGCCUGCUAUCUAUCGAGGUCUACAUGAGCGAUAUGGUUGGCUGGACGCGGAAAUAGACGCCGCCGAAUCGGAGUGCACAAUUAGGCCGUAGAGGUGUUGAUGUAUCGAAGAAAGAUCGUAGGAGUAGAGGCUUUGAUGUACAAAGGUGUACAUAUGGUUCUUUGCUAGUAAUUGUAGAGUGUGUGAGAGGCUGUUAAGGUGAUGUUUUAUUUUAAACAUUGUGCGUCGAUAAGAGGUUCUCAAUCUGCAAUCCGCAACUCAAGUGUACAUAGGGAUUGUAGACUCUUCAAUUCGAGAUUUGUGUAAAAGAAUCUACUUUGCGGGCCCGGAUGUGUGAGCCCGUCAAUAUGCAUC